CGUAGCAUCGCGUUUAUAACAGUUGUGGUGACAAGUGGAUUGGUUUGCAUGAUAGCAGCAGGAUGGGAGGGGAGAACCACAAGCAGCGCCCUCGCCCUCAUCUUCAGCCCAAGUUUUCCGGUCAAAGAGUGGUCUCUAAGUCUCGAACUUAUUCCUAACCCUCCUCAGAAACAGAGAAAUAAUCGUGAAAAAGAAAAGGAAAGACAAGAAGUCUCAAUCAAUAAAAAUUCAACCCAUUUCAUCACCAUGAGUUCCAACACAAUGAAGGCGGAAACAAAGACGAGCACGGUGGAUUACCGGUCGUCGGCAGGGCAAGGACAAGGACAAGAGCAGAGGAAAGUGGAGGUGACCCAUCAUCAUCAUCCUUCUCCUCAGCCAAAAUCCAAAACGAGUGGCGGCGUUUUGGCCUCCGCCGCGGAUUCUGUGGCGGGCACGCUCCAAUCUGCUAAGGAAGCCAUCGCCGGAACAACAACGACAACAUCUUCUUCUGACCAAUCCAAAUAAAAAUAUGUAUUUUUAAAUUUGGCCUAAGUUGAUAUCGUUGUUUACUUUAGUACCGCUCUGCCACUUUUUCUGUUUAAUUUGACAAGAAAAACAAUAGGCUGUGGUUCCAAGCCGAAUAAUGAGGUUCCAUUUUUUCGACUUUGUGCCAUAAAUUCUUUGUUUUAUUUAGGAUUCAAAAACAUUUGUUAUGUUUUGAAAUUGUCCAUAUUUUCACUUUGCCUCUCUUUCAGCAACAUUUUCCAUCCGAGGUAGCCAAGUUGCUAACUCUCUUCUAGAAAAUGUGAAAACCCAAGAUGUGUUCAAGUUUAGACGAUUUUUAUAUUUAUUAUUUUUUAUGAAAAAGAAGGUUGAUGUUUUUGGAUGACAUCUCGUAACAAUAUGACUAAUGUCCACCAUGGACCUAUUCUCAAUCUUACGUUUUUCUCGACUAAUAAUUAAUUGGUUUACUAAGAGAAUGUACAACGCGCCAAAGUAGUUAUUUUCGAUCUUGUUGAUUGGGGUUUGAUCAGUUAAGUACAUUAAGACUCUAGUUGGUUACUGGUUACUUUGAGACUAGGGAUGACAAUUUUGCUUAUACACAUGAGCAUUUUACUAUCAAACCUAGUUUUUGGCUAUGAAAUCAAAUAUAUGGUAAAUGAGUAGAGAUUGAUGGGUUUGUACCCAUACUCAUUUAUUUGAGUUGGAUUGGGUUUUUAUUCCAUGAAUUUGGGUUUGUACUUAUAUUCAUUUGCAACUUAGUAGAUCUUUAGAUUUAGUACAUAAUUUUUUUUUUUGCAUAUAAGUCUUCAAAAUAUCGAUGAAAAAUAACAUUGUAGUACCUAAACUUUUUUGUGUUUUACAUUUUAAUACAUAAACUUUUUAAGUUUUACAAAUAGAUCCAAUUUUUGUAUAUGUAGUUAAAACACCUCAAGUAAACUGGUAUCCAGACCCAUUUAGAUUAUGGAAGCAAUAUCAAUACUCAACCCAAACCCAUCUAUAAACUCCCAAACCCAUAGAUACUUCACCCAUACUCUACCGAUAAUCAAGGAGUCUACUUGGAUUUGAGUAAAAUUAUUCAUGGAUGGGUAAUUGUCAUCCCUAUUAGAAAUGUCUCGUCAAAUUUUGCUUAUGUCUUUAGGAAGAAGGUGAAGAGCUCUACUCUGCCAGGAAGUCUUGUUUGUUUGUAAUUAGCGGCUAUUAAGCUCGACCACAUACAAAUGAGUCACAAAUAUUAGAAACAGGUAAACUAGAACUGUAACUAGCAGCACCUCCUCCUUCACGAGUUAUGCAAAAUUUACCCUAUAACACCUGUCUCCACUUUACAACUGACUUCUUUUUGGCAUAUUUACUCUCAAACUUGUUGAAUUGAAAAAUGUUGCAGGAGUCUGCCUAACUGCCCCUAUGCGUUAACAUUACUUCUGAAUUGAAACCAAGGCCUUAAUCUACGAAGCUUCCUCUACAACCAAGGCCUUAACUUACUCUCAACUUUUUGGUCCUGUAAUUUGUUCACCCAGAAAUUUGUACAUCCAAUAGAUCAUGAUGAACUCGUCCCUUCUGUGCAAACCUUUUCAAAAACGAAUUAAAAACGAAGAAGAUACCAUAUGGUAUGCAGUUGGUACCGAGAGGCCAUAAUUUUUUUUUCUCAAAAAAUAUUGAAAAUUGAUCUCAUUUUUGAGAGCACGAUGAACUCGUUCCAUCUGUGAAAAAAAAAAUUAAAAUCCGAGUUAAAACAAAAAAGAUAUGAGUCAAUUAAGAAAACUAGAAAAAAUAAAAAUGAUCUUUAAUUCUCCAUCCUUAAAUCUGAAUUUUCUAAAUAAAGGGUCCAGAUUUGGUUAUUGAUGAGUGCAUAACCCAUGGUUAUGAACCCUAUCUUGAGCCGAGUGAAAAGAGACAAUUGAGAAAGAUGAGGUGUCUAGAAAAUUGGAAUUGGAAGAUCAACAAAGGUUGCAUUUUUUUUUGUUAUUGUAAAUAUUAAGCAAAAUACACCCGGAUACCCAUAAUUAUCAAGUUUGUGACAAUAAUAGUUCAAAAUUUGAAAAAUACAUAGAUAUAGCAACUUUUUUUUAAACUUAUUUGACAAAUCUAGCCAUUUCCGUUCAAAACUUUAACGUCGUUAGUGACUCCGUUAAUAACACGAACGUUACGCUGACGUGGAUGCUAUUUGAACGACACGUCAUCUCAACCUACACAAACCAUGCCACCUGUACGCCAUGUCAUAUUAAAAAUAUUUAUUUUUUGAGAAAAUAUUUUUUUUAUUUUAUUCUCUUGCUUCCCCGCUCAGGCUCUGCGCAAGCGCAAGCGCAACCGCUCAUCUUCUCUGCUCACCUUCUCCGCUUCCUUGUCCGCUCACUCCCUCCGGCGACUCUUUAAUCCAUCCACAUUCUUCCUCUCGCGCACCAAAACAGGCAUGGUUAUCUCCCAUCUUCUUCUCUCGAUCACCGUAUUCCUCCGCCACCGAUGUCCGUCGGCAACGUAGAUCUAUCCCGCAAUCUUCUGCUUCAUAUUCUAUCGCCCAUCCAAUUGUUCUAUCUACCUCGUUUCCCCUCCCCCUCUAAACCCUGAUUUUCCCCCGCUGAGCUCCCUUAUUCCUUUCGUGUUGGGCGGUCGUCGCACAAUUUUUUUGAACUCCCUCAAUAAUUCUAUGGGAAAUGGCUGCUGGGUAAACAAAUCCCCUUCCAUUUCCUUCUUCUAUCCGUUGAUGGACUGGUUAUUGCAAGAGGAUGGUUGGGGAAAUAAAGAAAGGGGUUGUUGAGGUUGAUUUCGGAGGUAGGGUUUAUGUGGAUAUAAUUGUUGGGGGAAUUGCUGGGAUCCAUAUAAUUGUUGGGGGAAUUGAUUAAGCCUGUGAAGUUGGAAGUCUGGUGGUGAGAAGUAGACAAGAAAGAAGAAGAAGAAGAGAGGAAAUCAGAAGGCGGAAGGAAGAAGACGGGUUGUGUGAAUUUUUUAUUUGAUUUUUGGGUUUCUGAUUAGGUCACACAAUUCGCCAAACCAGGGUCAGCGCUCCAGCUUUAGAGCGCCAAAACGCGAAUUAGAGGAAAUUCUUCCAAAAUUCGCGAAUUUUUAUUUGCAGGAGCGCGAAUUUUGGUGGAAAAUUCGUGAAUUUAUUUCACAGAAACAGAGGAGAAGAGAAAGUAGCGGGUGAUGACAAUCGAUUUGAAGAAGGAGAUGUAAUCGCUGGCUAGUUGAUAGAGGAUGCCGAAGUCUGCAUCUGCAAGAGAAUCUUUCAAUUGGAAGAUUUUGAACUUUGUGGAGAACGAUUUCUCAGUUUGGAUCAAUGAUUUCAAACACUGCAUGUACCGGUGGAGCUCGCCUGGGUUUAGAAGACUGGUAGGUUGUAGGGUGAAAAGGGAGAUUUGUCGAUGGGAGGCUGAUGUAGUCUGUGGAUCGACAGGAUUUAAGCUCUGUAGAGUGAAAUUUUAGGUAAUAGUAUGAUCGUCUUUAGAAACGAGAAAGGAUGGAUGGAGCAGGGGGAUGAGUCGGCGACUUUGAUCUAGGUCUCAACUUGGCAGAGUUUCGAUUAGGGUUUCUCAACAGCCCAGUUUGGGCUCAAUCACUUAGUUGGGCCACAGACUCUUUUAUCCGCUAGUUUCCCUGCGCAAUGCAAGAUAUGCCAGUGUUGUGCAUAAUCAAAUAGGCAAUUUAUA